AUGGAUCAAGCUGCUGAACAACCCCGAAAAUGUCCUGGUCUUGAAUGUGAAAACGAUGCUUCCACUCUACAAUGUCCGAAGUGCAAGGAAAUGGGUGUGGAUACUUUCUUCUGUUCUCAAGAUUGCUUCAAGCGGAGUUGGGCGCAACACAAAACCAUACACAAGAGUACGAAUCCUCUCCGCAAUCUCUUCACUCCGAGUAUCGUUUCUAAAGUUGAUCCAGAAAGUGGCCACUUCAAUCCAUUCCCCACGUAUCCAUUCACCGGUACUUUAAGACCAGUAUAUCCUCUAUCAGAAAAACGAGAAAUCCCAAAAUCGAUACCUCACCCAGAAUGGUCACAAGAUGGCAUGCCUCGGUAUCCAUAUGUCAAGAAGAACCAGGUCCAAAUACUGGAUGCCAAAGGUAUUGCGGGUAUGAGGAAAGUCUGCAGACUAUCGAGAGAAGUUUUGGAUGUGGCUGCAGCGGCCGUCAAGCCUGGUGUUACCACUGAUUAUAUCGACAAGAUUGUUCAUGAGGCUUGCAUAGAACGGAAUGCAUAUCCAUCUCCAUUAAAUUACAACCAUUUCCCGAAAUCAGUCUGCACAUCAGUCAACGAAGUCAUCUGUCACGGAAUACCGGAUCACCGAGUGCUACAGGAUGGUGACAUUCUGAAUAUCGACGUUUCUCUCUAUCAUGAAGGUUUCCACGGAGACCUGAACGAAACAUAUUAUGUUGGUGACAAAGCCAAGGCUGAUCCGGACAAUGUUCGUCUAGUGGAAACGACACGACAAUGUUUGGAAAAAUCCAUUGCGCACGUCAAACCAGGAGUCAAGAUUGGCGAUUUCGGGGACAUUAUCGAGAAACAUGCCAAAUCUCAAAAUCUCAGUGUUGUGAAAACGUAUUGUGGCCACGGCAUCAAUCAGCUUUUUCACUGUGCCCCCAACGUACCGCACUAUGCCAAGAACAAGGCUGUCGGUAAAUGCAGACCAGGAAUGACCUUCACGAUUGAACCCAUGAUAUGCCUAGGCACGUAUAAGGACAAAACCUGGCCUGAUGACUGGACUGCAGUAACUGCAGAUGGAACUCGUUCUGCACAAUUCGAGCACACAUUGCUUGUUACCGAGGAUGGUGUGGAAGUUCUAACCGCCAGACUGCCAACUUCACCAGGAGGUCCAAUCGACAUUCCCCCAGCGUCGGCCACAAACGGUGCAGUACCGAAUGGAGAGGCCAAGGCUUAA